GCGCCCGUGUGAGGAGCCGCCGCCGCCGCCGUGUCGCCGUGUCCCCCUGCCGUGCCGUGCCGUGCCGUGCCCUGGCCGCUCCCCGCGUCCCCCCGACACCGCCACCGGGCGUGCGCGGGAGCCCGGGCGCGGCGGCUGCGCGUCCGUCCCAGAAAUAAUGAGGAUAUCGGGCCCCCAUGUCGGACCACUGUGACGAGAGGGCGACGAUGAUUGCGGCCGGCGACCUGCAGGAGUUCGCGCCCCGCGGCCGCGAGCAGUGCCGGCGGCACCCCAGCGCCCUCAGCCUCCAGCUGCGCCGGCUGCAGCCCGCCUCCGAGCUCUGCUCCUCCGACGGCGCGGCCGGGCUGGUGGGGUCGCUGCGGGAGGUGACGAUCCACGAGCGGCAGCGGGAGAGCUGGCAGUUGAGGAAGGGCGUCGGUGAUGUGGGGGAGGAGGUGGGCUACGACGAGGAGCUGUAUGUGGCCGGCAACGUGGUGAUUUGGAGCAAAGGCAGCAGGAGCCAAGCGUCUGCGGUUUAUAAGGCUUUCACGGUCGACAGCCCCGUGCUGCAGGCCCUGUGGUGUGACUUCACCGUACCCCGGGAGAAAGCUGACACAGCUGAGGGCAGUGCUGAAGCAGUAGAGAAGUGUAUCUGCAUCUUGCAGAAUUCCUGUGUACAGGUGCACAGCAUGGAGGGGAAAGAUUACAUUGCUGCUUUACCUUUCCAAGUUGCAAAUGUCUGGCCAACGAGAUAUGGUUUGUUAUUUGAGCGCAGCAGUUCUUCCCAUGAAGUACCUCCAAGCCCCCCCAGAGAACCUUUGCCGACGAUGUUCAGCAUGCUGCACCCCUUAGAUGAGAUAACACCCCUCAUCUGUAAGUCUGGAGCAGGUGUGCUUGGCUCUACCAGAGUGCAGUACGUGGCUGAUUACACCAUGAGGAUCGUGUUUGUCAACGAUGACCCUUCCAUUGUGAUGACCUAUGACACUGUGCAGAGCUUGCACACCGUCUGGGCCCUCAGGAGGGUGAAGCCAGAGGAGCAGAACACGGUGCUGAAGUUCUCAGAGCAGAUGGGUACGCCACAGCACGCAGCCACCAGCAGCUCUCUGACUGCUCAUCUCAGAAGCAUCUCCAAAGGAGACUCUCCUGUGGGCUCCCCUUUCCAGAACUACUCAUCCAUCCACAGCCAGAGCAGGUCGGCUCUGUCGCCCAGCCUGCAGUCCCGCUCGCCCUCCAUCUCCAACAUGGCUGCUCUGAGCCGCUCUCACUCCCCUGCCCUGGGGGUACACUCUUUCUCAGGAGUGCAGAGGUUCAACUUCUCCAGUAAUACUCAGUCACCAAAGAGGCACAACAUCACCCACUCACCAAACAGCACUUCCAACGAUUCCUUCCUUAUGCCAGAAACAGAACCAAUCGUUCCUGAGCUGUGUAUUGACCAUCUGUGGACAGAAACCCUCACAAGCAUGAGAGAGAAGAAUUCCCAAGCAUCAAAAGUGUUCAUUAGCACGGACCUGUGUGGGCAGAAGUUCUUGUGCUUUCUAGUGGAAUCCCAGCUCCAGCUGAGGUGUGUGAAAUUUCAAGACAGCAAUGACAAGUCACAACUGAUCUUUGGUUCUGUUACCAACAUUCAAGCCAAGGAUGCAGCCCCAGUGCAGGGUAUUGACACGCUGCUGGUUCUGGAGGGCAGUGGGAAUCUAGUGCUUUAUUCUGGAGUGGUUCGGGUGGGGAAGGUUUUUAUUCCUGGGCUGCCUGCUCCAUCCCUGACAAUGUCCAACCAAAUGCCUCGGCCAAGCACUCCCUUGGAUAGUGUCAGCACUCCAUCCAAGCCUUUGAACAAGCACCUGGGGCCUCUAGAGGAGGGUGUGCUUUUGUCACCAGUUCCAGAGCUGAGGGAUUCUGCCAAACUCCAUGACUCAACUUACAUUGAAGACUGUACUUUCCAGCAGCUUGGGACUUUCAUUCACGCCCUGAGAGAUCCUGUCCACAACAGAGUAACCUUAGAGCUCAGCAACAACACGAUGGUUCGGAUCACAAUCCCCGACAUCGCCACUUCGGAACUAGUGAAAAGGUGCCUGCAAGGUGUCAAAGCUAUCCUGCCCAAGGAGGUAGCAGUACAGAUGCUUGUCAAGUGGUACAAUGCUUACAAUGCUCCAGGAGGACCAAGCUACCACUCAGAAUGGAAUUUGUUUGUGACAUGUCUCAUGAACAUGAUGGGUUACAACACAGAGAGACUGUCCUGGACACGUAAUCUUGAUUUUGAAGGAUCACUUUCACCAGUUAUUGCUCCAAAGAAGGCCAGGCCAUCAGAAACGGGGUCAGAUGAAGACUGGGAGUAUCUCCUGAGUUCUGAUUACCAUAGGAAUUUUGAGUCUCACCCUGUUGCCAAAGCUUUGCGACUGGACCCUCUGGAGGUUUUGGCUCCCAAGGACGACUUUGCACAGAGCCUUAGUUUGGAUUCCUCAACCCUGCUUUUCACCCACAUUCCUGCUGUUUUCUUUGUUCUUCACCUCAUCUAUGAAGAGCUCAAACUGAACAGUCUGAUGGGAGAAGGCAUUCGCUGUCUGGUUGUCCUUCUGGUUCAGCUGGCCAGGGACUUAAAGCUUGAAGCUUAUAUAGAUUAUUACUACAGAGACUAUCCAGCCCUUGUAAAAACCUCCAGGCAGACUUGCAUAAUUGAUCAAGUCCAAACAGGUUUCAUGCACCAUCCCUCCUUUUUUUCUGCUGAGCCUCCGAGUAUCUUUCAGUGGCUGAGUUCGUGUCUGAAGGGAGAGGGAGUGCAGCCUUAUCCUUACUUGCCAGGAGUCUGUGAGAGGAGCAAGCUGGUAGUACUGAGCGUGGCUCUGUACAUCCUUGGUGACGAGAGCGCCGUAUCUAACGAAGCCUCCCAUUAUCUGCACAAGAUUACCUCAGGACCACGGAAGCAGCAAAUGGAAGAGGAUGAGGAUCGAGGCAGUUUCAGGUGCAGCACAUCUGUUCCCAGCCUGGCUGAGAAGUUAGUUCUUUGGAUGACUAACGUCGGCUUCACCCUACGAGACCUGGAGUCUCUCCCCUUCGGUGUGGCUCUUCCCAUCAGAGAUGCAAUCUACUACUGCCGGGAGCAGCCAGCCUCAGACUGGCCAGAAGCAGUUUGUCUCCUGAUUGGGCGCCAGGACCUGUCCAAACAGGCUUGUGAAGGGAACCUGCCAAAGGGGAAAUCGGCUGUGGGCCCAGUGCUGUCCUCUGAUAUCCCCUCUGGAACAGAGUCAGAGGAGGAUGAGGAUGGCAUGAACGACAUGAACGAGGAGGUGAUGGCCCUCAUCUGGAGUGAGGACCUGAGGGUGCAGGAGGUCCGCAGGCUCCUGCAGAGCGCCCGUCCCGUCCGUGUCAACGUCGUGCAGAUGCCAGAAGCCAGUGACCAUGAAUACAUAGAGGAGAAAGAAAACAGGCUGUUACAGCUCUGCCAGAGAACCAUGGCACUGCCUGUUGGACGAGGGAUGUUCACCUUGUUCUCCUAUCACCCUGUGCCCACGGAGCAGCUGCCCAUCCCCAAGCUCAACCUGACAGGCCGUGCUCCUCCCAGGAACACCACUGUGGAUCUCAACAGUGGCAACAUCGAUGUGCCUCCCAACAUGGCCUGCUGGGCCAGCUUUCACAACGGGGUGGCUGCUGGCCUGAAGAUAGCCCCUGCCUCGCAGAUAGACUCAGCUUGGAUUGUCUACAACAAGCCCAAGAUUGCUGAACUAGCCAACGAGUAUGCAGGCUUCCUCAUGGCCCUGGGGCUCAACGGGCACCUCACCAAACUUGCCACGCUCAACAUCCACGACUACCUAACAAAGGGCCAUGAGAUGACAAGUAUUGGGCUGUUGCUGGGUGUUUCUGCAGCCAAGCUGGGCACAAUGGACAUGGCCACCACACGCCUCCUGAGCAUCCACAUCCCUGCCCUCCUGCCACCCACUUCCACGGAGCUGGAUGUGCCCCACAACGUGCAGGUGGCUGCUGUCAUAGGAAUAGGCCUUGUAUAUCAGGGCACUGCUCACAGGCACACAGCUGAGGUUCUGCUGGCUGAAAUAGGACGUCCCCCUGGCCCAGAAAUGGAGUACUGCACAGACAGAGAGUCCUAUUCCCUUGCAUCUGGGCUGGCCUUAGGCAUGGUUUGUCUGGGGCAUGGCAGCAAUUUGAUAGGCAUGUCAGACCUCAACGUUCCCGAGCAGCUUUACCAGUACAUGGUGGGAGGGCACAGGCGGUUCCAAGCAGGGAUGCACAGAGAGAAGCACAAGUCUCCCAGCUAUCAAAUCAAGGAGGGAGACACCAUAAAUGUGGAUGUUACCUGCCCAGGUGCCACACUUGCACUGGCUAUGAUCUACCUGAAGACUAAUAACAGAUCCAUUGCUGACUGGCUUCAAGCACCAGACACCAUGUAUUUGCUGGACUUUGUAAAACCAGAGUUCCUUCUAUUGAGGACCUUGGCUCGAUGCCUGAUUUUGUGGGAUGAAAUCCUGCCCAAUUCCAAGUGGGUUAAUAGCAACGUGCCUCAAAUCAUAAGAGAGAACAGCAUAUCUCUUCAUGCAACAGAGCUGCCUUCAUCUGAAGACCUGAGUUUAGAAACACUGGCGCAAGCUCACGUCUACAUCAUUGCUGGGGCCUGCCUGUCGCUGGGAUUCCGCUUUGCUGGUUCAGAAAACAUGGCAGCCUUCAACUGCUUGUACAAAUAUGCAACGGAUUUCCUGAAGUGUCUGUCAGCACCGACAGCUUCAAUAACAGGUCACUAUAACCUGGAAACAUGCCUGAGUGUCUUGCUGCUGUCCCUGGCCAUGGUGAUGGCUGGCUCAGGAAACCUCCAAGUCCUUCAGCUUUGCCGCUUCAUGCACAAGAAGACGGGCGGAGAGAUGAACUACGGCUUCCACCUGGCUCACCACAUGGCCCUGGGGCUCCUUUUCCUGGGAGGAGGAAGGUACUCACUGAGCACUUCAAACUCCUCAAUUGCUGCUCUCCUGUGUGCCCUGUACCCUCACUUCCCUGUUCACAGCACGGACAAUCGCUACCACCUGCAGGCCCUGCGUCACCUGUACGUGCUGGCAGCAGAACCCAGGCUCCUGACGCCCGUCGACGUGGAUUCCAACAGCCCGUGUUACGCGCUGAUCGAGGUGACCUACAAGGGCACACAGUGGUAUGCAGAAGCCACCGAGGAGCUGAUGGCACCCACGCUUCUUCCAGAGCUUCACUUACUGAAGCAGAUCAGAGUGAAGGGGCCACGGUACUGGGAGUUGGUGAUAGAUUUAAGCAAGGGAACGAAUCAUCUGAAAUCAAUUCUUUCAAAGGGUGGUGUCCUGUACGUGAAGCUGAGGGCUGGGCAGCUCUCCUACAAGGAGGACCCAAUGGGCUGGCGCAGUCUCCUGGCACAAACUGUUACUCACAGGAACUCUGAAGCUCGAGCAUUCAAGCCAGAAGCAAUUUCAGCCUUCACUUCUGACCCUGCUCUCUUCUCCUUCGCCGAUUAUUUCUGCAAGCCAGCUGUGAGCAUGGGCCAGAAGCAGGAAAUCCUGGAUCUCUUCUCCUCAAUCCUCUAUGAGUGCGUCACCCAGGAGAACCCAGAGAUGCUGCCCACCUACAUAGCCAUAGAUCAGGCUGUGAGGAGGUUGGAACGCAGAGAGAUGUCCGAGACCUUUGAGCUGUGGCAGAUCAAGCUGGUGCUGGAAUUCUUCAGCUCCAGAAGUCACCAGGAGAGGAUGAGCAGGAAUCCAAACCGAGGGCUCUUCAUGAACUCGGAGUUCCUGCCUGUGAUGAAGUGCACCAUAGACAACACUUUGGAUCAGUGGCUUCAAGCUGGAGGGGAUGUGUGCCUGCACUCCUACCUGAGUGGGCAGCCCACGGAGGAAUCUCAGCUGAGCAUGCUGGCUUGCUUCCUUGUUUACCACUCUGUCCCCACACCAGCUCAGCUGGCAGCUGGAGGCUUGGAAGGAAGCACAAACUUCUCGGAGCUGCUGCUGAAGUUCAAGCAGCUGAACAUGCCCGUGCGUGCGUUGCUGAGGCUCGCUCCUCUGCUGCUUCAGAACCCUCAGUCCAUGGUGCUGUAGGUCCUGGCACUCCUGCUGCUGCUGGUCACUGAAGGCCAGAGCCAGCUGGGGCUUGUUCCAUGCUUUGUAAAACCCUGCAGGUAAAAUGUACUUGACUUUUGUAACUUCUCCAGCCAACUUCAGCCGUGUCCCUGGCUGUGGCUGCCGUGGGCAGGAGUUGUUUGUAAACUGUUACAGGCAGUUGAAGAGGCACUGUAAAAGUGAACUGAUAAUAAAUUUACUUUUGUAACUAAG